GCGCAUUCUCUGAGCACGAGCGUGCUUGUGUUGACUUCAAGGGCCAAGGCUGCUAGGGAAACUUGCAGGUCGUGAGAGUCGUCAGAACGUGAGUUAGCAGUAAAGCCAAGGUUUAACUUCAUAAUGGCACACUACAGAGCUUCAGAGUCCAAACGAGAGCAGUUUCGGAGAUACCUGGAGAAGGCUGGUGUCCUUGACAGCCUCACUAGUGUGCUGGUGGCAUUGUAUGAAGAGACGGAGAAACCCAACAAUGCACUUGAUUUUGUCAAGCAACACUUGGGUGUGGCUGGCCAGGAGUCUGCAGACACUGAGGCACUCCAGCAGGAGCUAAGAGAUGUGAGGCAGAGGUGUGAGCUGCUGGCCGAGGAGAACACAGAACUCAAGAACAGGCUUCAACGCUAUGAGCCUACACAAGAGGAUGGAGCUGCCGAAUAAAAAGUGCCUCGGCUUUAUUUAAGUAAUUUUGUUAGAAACUCUGAUUUUUAUGGCAAGCCAAAACCAACAACGGAAGGCAAGGGAUUUUAUGCACCUGUUAUUUUUUUCCUACUAUGUUUAAAUAUUUAACUUAUUUUGUAUAUUUAAUAUAUUGAAAUAUAAUAGCUUUUGUCCCUUAUGAUUGUCUCCAUCCUCUCAUAAAAGCGAACCCCCUUUUUCUGCUUUCAGUGUACUUUGCCUACUGUACACCAAUGCUUUGUAUCUAGUAAACAAACAGUAACAUAA